UACACAUGAGGACUUCUCAUGAAGCGCGGCAGACGCUACUUAUGAGAAGAGGCAGAAAGGACCUUUACCACCAGUGAGGAACUCCAGCAGAGGAGAAAAAGAGUGUUUGGGCCAAAGGGAGAGACCACGAGAGGGAGAGAGAGAGAGAGAGAGACCCUCCUCUCUGCGCAGGCCAGCUGAUGAGAGAAGAUGAAGAGCCACAUCUCCAACGCUCUCUCUGACUUCUUCUUCGAGUAUGAGACCCCUCGCCAGGUGCUGGUGAGGAACAGGAGGGUGGGAAUUGUGUGCCGUCUGAUCCAGGCGGGGGUCCUGGCCUACAUUAUCGGGUGGGUGUUCAUCUACGAGAAAGGCUACCAGUCCACAGACAUAGCAGUGAGCUCUGUCUUCACCAAAAUGAAAGGAGUGGGCUACACCACCAUCAAUGGAGAGGAGAAAGUCUGGGAUGAGGUCGACUACGUCUUCCCACCACAGGGAGACUCGUCUUUCGUGGUGAUGACAAACUUCAUAAUAACUGAAGGCCAGAAGAUUGGGAAGUGUCCAGAGCUCCCGGGCACGCUGGACUGCAGCUCAGACGCUGACUGCGAAGGAGGGAGAUUCAAACGUACGGGACAUGGACACAUGACAGGAGUCUGUGUGAAAGCCAACAAGACCUGCGAGGUGUUGGCUUGGUGCCCCGUUGAGGACGACCGCAACAUACCAGAUCCUGCUUUGUUGAUGUCUGCAGAGAACUACACACUGUUCAUCAAAAACUCUGUAACUUUCCCCAUAUUUGACAUCUCGAGGAGUAACCUGGUGGAAGGCUUGGAUUCUGAAUACAUAAGCAAAUGCCUUCACGAUCCAAAGGAUGCUCCAUUGUGUCCCAUAUUCAGACUGGGAGACAUAGUUAAACUGUCUGGCUUCAACUUCGAAACAAUAGCCAAAGUGGGAGGGGCCAUUGGCAUUGUGAUUGACUGGACGUGUAACCUGGACGUGGAUGUAAAACACUGUAGACCAACGUACAGCUUUCACGGCCUGUACGGAAACGCCGCCGAGACCGACAAAGCCAGAGCAUCAGUUGGCUACAAUUUCAGGUAUGCAAAACAUUAUUUAGAGGACAAAGUCCAGAAGAGAACCCUUCUCAAAGUGUUUGGCAUCAGGCUCGACAUCAUCGUGAAGUCACUGGCCAGAAAGUUUGACAUCAUCCCAACGCUGACCGCGAUAGGCUCCGGAGUGGGCAUCUUUGGAGUGGCGACCGUGGUAUGCGACCUGGUGCUGCUCUAUUUACUUCCAAAAAGAGCUUAUUACAAGAACAUGAAAUUCAAAUCCACCGACUCUCAUAAACAGGACCCGGACUCAGAGGCAUGUAGCACAGUAACAGAGAAGUGACCUGUGAGAAAACCUUUGAGGUUGGUCCUUUGAAGGCGUAAUGGCAAGGGACGCCACAAGAUCCGGAUUCCAAUCCACACUAAAUGGACUCUGGAUUGGAGACAUAGUCAAAGACAUUUCUUGGUGUACUCCAUUUUUUCGGCAUCUUCUACCAACAUCCCCCGCUCCAAAGAGUGAGCCUGAGUGACUGACUGAGUUUUAGCAUGGCUCGUCUGUAUAUGUGUACCUCUUUUUAAAUGUUUUGAGUGUAGCUUGGUGAGACUUUGUUUCUUUGGGUGUAACCCCCCCGCCUCCACCCUUAUCUGUACAGGUUGAAAGAAAACUUUGAUGUGAUUGUGCAUCCAGGAUUGAUUCACAACUCAUCAAUUAGCUCGGUAUCCGCCUUCUGUCCAAACACGAUUCACCAUGACGUCACUGACAGAGUGACUCAUCUCCUGUGUGCACAUUGUGAUCUGCAGUUCAAUAAAAGAUGCGCAGUGACAUGAGUUUUUUUGUUGGUCCCUGCAGUAGUGAAACAGGAAUGAAUACAUGCAGCAUGUUAAGUUAAUUCAGAUGUUCUUUUUUUUUAUUGCAUUUGAUCUUCUCCAGGUGUACAAAAAGCAUGCAAAAAAAUAACUUCAUAAUGUAUAAAUUUACACAGUAACAUCUGCAUUCCAUAGAGACAUGCCACGCAAGCAACACAAG